CAUUGGUCAAGUGUUGUAUAUUUUAUUCGAAAUUGAGCAUGCGGUAAUGGCCCACAAUGUAAUAUAAGAUUGUACAUUUUUCAGACUCUGAAGAAGAUGUACAGAAAUUUAGAACGGAGGAGAAGCGUCGUCUUUGUAAGAGAUCAAGAGAAAAAAGAAUGCCCAAAGAUCAGGAAAAGUUCAGACAGCAACUAGUUAAACGAAAGAAUGACACAGACCUGGUAUUUGAAUUGGAGACUCAAAAACGGAGAGAUGUUACAGAGGAACUGAAAGAAUUGCGAAGGACCAACGCACUGCUACAGAGAGCACUUUGCUCCAAAGUGUUUGAGCUCGAGUCAAGACUCCUGGAGCAGUGGCCUGGCAGCAGCACACCUCUAUCGCAUCUGACUGCCACUUCAAGUGCCAUGUUGCCCGAAUCUCCAGAAAAUGAACACCUUGAAACUGCGCAUCUGACUGCCACUUCAAGUGCCAUGUUGCCCGAAUCUCCAGAAAAUGAACACCUUGAAGCUGGUGAAGAUUGCAGCACUUCUUAUGAAGCCUGUGGACAAGGAUCGAAAAGCCCCUGCAAUGAUGCUUUUGUGGCCACUGCUUCAGACCAAGAGAGAAACUCAAACGAUUACCAUGGUGAGCAAAAAACAGCGGUGGGUCAACAAAGAGAGGAUGGCAAGGUGUGCGCAGGUCAAAACGUGUGGAUUGACAUGGAAACCUGGGAGUCCCUAAUGGAGCAAGAGACAGACUCCAAGUUCUGCAGACUGGCCGCAGUCUCACUCUGGCCAGCCGACGUCCUUGCCAAGAGGAGCGUAACAGGCACGCUCCCCAACUCAGUGCUCUUCCGAGGCUAUCAUGAUCCAUUUCCAGCACUCACUCCAGCGAAACUGAGGGCAUUCAAAGAACUGUUUGGUCACUACCUUGACAAGCGCGGUGCUAAAGACAAGGAAAAAAAGGGUAGGCUCAAGAAGUUGCGGGUGCACCUUUCGCGCAAGAUAUCCGACCUCAGGCGCCCAAAGUCCCAAAGGAACAUCUUUCCACCAGCUGAUGCUAAACAAAGCACUGAAUGACACUUGAAGGUGCUUCGAAAAGAACUGUGCGCUUUA